AUGUAUACUCCAGUAUUGCUCGCUCUUAUCUCGUUGGUCGUUGCUGCCCCGUUGACCAGAGUCGAUGGCGAAGAUGCCGUCGCCGGGAGAUGGAUCGUCAAGAUGAAGGGCGACGUAGCGACGCAAGCUCACGACGACUUGGUGGCAUCCAUGUCUACCAAACCCGACUACGAAUACGCAAUGCCUGGAUUCAGAGGAUUUGCCGGAAGUAUCUCCGAGGAAGAACUUGUUCGACUCCAGGCUUCUGAGCAUGUUGAGUAUAUCGAACAAAGCGCCAAGGUCCAUAGCAAUGAGAUCGUGCAACAGUUGAACUCUACGUGGGGUUUAGCUCGUAUCUCUCAUGCCGAGCCGUAUCAAACGAGUUAUCUAUUCGAUUCCAGUGCUGGGGAGGGUACAUGCGCCGGUGAGGACACCAUGAUCGACGCCAUGGGUCACGGAACUCACGUGGCUGGUACAAUCGGCUCGAUGACUUGGGGCGUGGCAAAGAAGACAACGCUGCUCGCUAUCCGUGUACUGGACUCGUACGGUUCUGGUACAACCGAAGGCGUACUUGCGGGUAUGGAGUAUGUUGCUACCGAUGCAGCAAAACGUAGUGAGGCUGGAGAAUGUCCCAACGGUUUCGUGGCCAACAUGAGUCUUGGAGGGCGUAAGAUGCAGGCCCUGAAUGAUGCUGCCGCUGCCAUCGUUGCAGCGGGAAUCUUCCUUGGUGUCGCAGCGGGCAAUGAGGGACGCGACGCUAAAUACUCGUCUCCGGCAUCUGAACCUAGUGUCUGCACCGUGGGUGCUACAGCCAUUAACGAUACUCUCAUCGAAUGGUCCAACUAUGGGCCUAUAGUCGACAUUCUGGCACCCGGCGUUGAGAUCACCAGCACUUGGAUCGGCAAAUCGAUCGAUACGAUUUCUGGAACUUAUGUCAGCCUCAUCGGUGGUCAGAUCCCACCUAUGGCGAACCAGAUUCGCCAGUGA